GGCCGGCCCGAGGCGCUACUGGACCUUAGCGCCAAGCGAGUGGCUGAGAGCUGGGCCUUCGAGCAGGUUGAAGAGAGAUUAUCCCGGGUGCCGGAGCCAGUCCAGAAGCGCAUUGUGUUCUGGUCGUUUCCACGCAGCGAGCGGGAGAUAUGCAUGUACUCAUCACUGGGCUACCAGCCCCUGGAGGGCGAGCAUGAUGCCAGGGUGCCCUUCACCCGCGGGCUGCACCUGCUGCAGAGCGGGGCCGUGGACCGCGUGCUGCAAGUGGGGUUCCACCUGAGCGGGAAUGUGCGGGAGCCGGGAGGCCCUGGCGAGCCCGAGCGUCUCUACCACAUCUCCAUCAGCUUUGACCGCUGCAAGAUCACGUCCGUGAGCUGCGGCUGUGACAACCGCGACCUCUUCUACUGCGCCCAUGUGGUGGCCCUGUCACUGUACCGCAUUCGGCACGCCCGCCAGGUGGAGCUGCGGCUGCCCAUCUCCGAGACGCUGUCCCAGAUGAACCGGGACCAACUGCAGAAGUUCGUGCAGUACCUCAUCAGCGCCCACCACACUGAGGUGCUGCCCACUGCCCAGCGCUUAGCCGAUGAGAUCCUCCUGCUGGGCUCCGAGAUCAACCUGGUGCAUGGCGCCCCAGACCCCACAGCGGGUGCGGGCAUCGAGGACGCCAACUGCUGGCACCUGGAUGAGGAGCAGAUCCAGGAGCAGGUGAAGCAGCUGCUGUCCAAUGGCGGCUACUAUGGCGCCAGCCAGCAGCUGCGCUCCAUGUUCAGCAAGGUGCGGGAAAUGCUGCGAAUGCAGGACUCCAACGGGGCGCGCAUGCUGAUCCUCAUGACGGAGCAGUUCCUACAGGACCCACGCCUGGCGCUGUGGCGGCAACAAGGUGCAGGCAUGACUGACAAGUGCCGGCAGCUGUGGGACGAGCUGGGGGCCCUGUGGGUCUGUGUCGUCCUGAGCCCCCACUGCAAGCCUGAGGAGCGGGCCAGCUGGCUGCAGCUGCUGUGCAAGUGGGACAAGCUGGAGGUGUGCCCCCUGGAAGAGGGCAACUAUGCCUUUGAUGGCCCCAGCCUGCAACCCACUGCGGCCCCCAGCUCAGUGGCAGGUUCCCGCUACACAGUGUUCAGCCGGGCCCUGCAGGCUGGGGAGCUGCACUGGAAUGAUGCCCACCUGCAGAGGAUCCUGGCCAGCGACUCCUAUGGCCCCAGCCUCAAAGGCAAUGUGGGAGGCGACAAGCUAACCUUCGACUCCCAGGGCCGCCCGCUCUGGCUGGGAGAGCCUUUCCCCACCGCCUGCGCCCGCGUGGACACCCUACGCGCCCACGGAUAUCCCCGCCAGGCCCUGCGGCUGGCGGGCGCCAUGGUCAACACACUGCGGCUGCAGCGGCGGCAUCAGCUUGAGAGCUACAAACAGCAGAAAAAAGAGCUGCUCCAGAAAGGCUCCACCUGCAUCACCAACACAGAAGGAUGGGUGGGCCACCCCCUGGACCCCAUUGGCUGCCUCUGCAGGGCACUCCUGGAGGCCUGUCGCCUAGAGGAAGAAACUCUAUCUCUUUACCCAGGCUCUGAGAAGCGAAAGGUGGCCUAUCAGCACGUGCCUGUGCCCGGGAGCCCCGGCGAGUCCUACUUUGCGAUGGCGCUGGAGGUGGCGCUGCUAGGCCUGGGGCAGCAGCGGGCCCUGCCUGAGGGCCUGUACGCCCAGGACAAGGUGGUGCGCAACGAGGAGCAGCUGCUGGCCCUACUGGAGGAGGUGGAGCUGGACGAGCGGCUGGUGCAGGUGCUGCGCAAGCAGGCGGGGCUGCUGCUGGAGGGGGGUCCGUUCAGCGGCUUCGGAGAGGUGCUGUUCCGGGAGAGCGUGCCCAUGCACACCUGUGCCCGCUACCUGUUCACCGCGCUGCUGCCCCACGAUCCCGACCUGGCCUACCGCCUGGCGCUCCGAGCCAUGAGGCUGCCUGUACUGGAGUCAACUUUUCCAGCUGGAGAACCUCACCCCAACCCACUGGAGUCCAUCAUGAGCAACCGCUUCCCCCGCUGGUUCAUCCUGGGCCACCUGGAGACCCGCCAGUGUGAGCUGGCGUCUGCCAUGCUGACGGCCGCCAAGGGAGACCCCAAGUGGCUGCACGCAGUGCUGGGUUCCGUCCAGCAGAACAUCCACUCACCGGCCCUGCUCUUCAAGCUGGCACAGGACGCCUGCAAGACGGCUGCCCCGGCCAGUGUGCCCCCGGACACCACACUGCUGGGCAUUGCACUGGAGCUGGGCCUGCAGGUGAUGCGGAUGACCCUAAACACCAUGACCUGGCGUCGCAGGGAGAUGGUGCGCUGGCUGGUCACCUGUGCCACAGAGAUAGGCCCACAAGCCCUGAUGAACAUCAUGCAAAACUGGUACUCUUUAUUCACACCAGUGGAGGCAGCCACCAUCGUGGCAGUGACAGGCACCACGCAUGCCACACUGCUGCGGCUGCAACUGGACGGGCCACAGCGUGAGGAGCUGUGGGCCUGCGCCCGCACCCUGGCCUUGCAGUGCGCCAUGAAGGAUCCGCAGAACUGUGCCUUGCCCGCCCUCACCCUGUGUGAGAAGAACCAGGCCGCCUUCGAGGCCGCCUACCAGAUCGUGCUGGAUGCAGCGGCCGGUGGCCUGGGUCACACCCACCUUUUCACCGUGGCCCGCUACAUGGAGCAUCGUGGCCUGCCACUGCGAGCCUACAAGCUGGCAACGCUGGCCCUGGCGCAGCUCAGCAUCGCCUUCAACCAGGACAGCCACCCGGCCGUCAAUGACGUGCUCUGGGCCUGCUCGCUCAGCCAUUCACUGGGCCGCCAGGAGCUCUCCGCCAUCGUGCCACUCAUCAUCCGCAGCGUCCACUGCGCCCCCAUGCUCUCUGACAUCCUGCGCCGCUGGACUCUCUCAGCCCCUGGCCUGGGCCCCUUGGGGGCCCGCCGGGCUGCCAAGCCCCUGGGCGCCGACAGGGCACCCCUCUGCCAGCUCCUGGAGGCUGCAGUGGCGGCCUACAUCACCACAAGUCACUCGCGCCUCACGCACAUCAGCCCGCGGCACUACGGCGACUUCAUCGAGUUCCUGGGCAAGGCCCGUGAGACCUUCCUGCUGGCGCCUGACGGGCACCUUCAGUUUUCCCAGUUCUUGGAGAACCUCAAACAGACCUACAAGGGCAAAAAGAAGCUCAUGCUUUUGGUGCGGGAGCGUUUCGGCUGAGGGGCCGGGGUGGUCCCCCUUUGCCCCUGCCCCCUGGCACCGCUCUCCACAGGGGGCCUUGGCAGUCGAAGCCCAGGUGGCAUUUCAGUAUUAAGUCAGGGAAGGAGCCAGGCUGGGGCAAGAUGGUCUUGCCCACUACCCACCCCAAACCCAGCUGGAGGUGGGGGUCAAGGGGGUGGAAUUCUACCACAUGCGUGCCUAGGAGUGUGUGAGACAUGAGGAUCAGAAGCCAUAGCCACCACCCAUAGGCCUGGAAGGGGGUGUAUGCUUCAGCUGCUGGUAUGACCCCCAC